CCUGCCCCCGCACAGCUGCAUCCGUUUUGGGGGAUAUUGGGAUCAGGUUCCCCCCAAUCCGGCUGCCUCGGGGGUGGCUUUGCAGGAGUAAUCCCUGCUGUGUAUCCUGGGGUGCCUGUCCUUCCCAAGGGACCCCUCCCUGAUUUCCCUUCUCCAUGAGAAGGUUCAGGAGCGGGGAGUGUUCCAGAGCAGCUUCCCCUCAGCCAGAAUUUGUGACUUUCCCCCUCAGGGCACGGGGUGCCGGUGCCUCUGGCACAUCCCUGUGGAUAGGCCAAGCCUCCGGCACAUCCCUGUGGAUAGGCCAAGCCUCCAGCACAUCCCUGUGGAUAGGCCGAGCCUCCGGCUGGCAGCGGCUCCGGGAGCUGCGUAGGGAGGAUUUGUCAUAGGCCCUUGGUUGCUUUCCCAGUUUUUUUUCCCGGUAGCAGCUAUUUUGGAAAGCACCCAAAGCGCUGCAGCGCUGCCUUUCCCUCCCUGAUCCUGGGGCUGCGAGAGCUGCACUUCCCUUCCCUCCCUUCCCUGCAAAUCCUGCUCCCUAAUCCCAGGGCUGGGAGAGCUGCCCCUGCAUUCCCGGGGUGUUCCACAGUGCCUGCGCCAUUCCCGGGGUGUUCCGCAUCCCGGGAUGCCGGGGGUGGAACAGAGCAGGGUCUGUGUCCCGAGGCCCUUGCCAGGCUGGGAUGGAGCAGGGAAUAAAGCCUGGCUUGUCCUCCUGGAGUGUCCGCCCGGCAUCUGGGCUGGGCUGAGCCUGCUUGGGAUUCCGGGCACGGCGGCGCCGGGCGGGAGCCAGGGCAGGAGCUCCGGGCCCUGGGACUGGGGGGGCUGGAGCACAAACCCAGCUUCUCCUGCUGGAUCCCUGCUGGAUCCCUGCUCAUCUCCCAGCCCCUAUCCCUGCCCGCAUCCUGCCCAUUUCCCUGCCUGGAUCUCUGCCUGGAUCUCCUCUGGAUCUCAUCUGGAUCCCUGCCUGCAUCCCUGCCUGCAUCCCUGUCUGUCCCUGCUUGUGUCACCCCCUGGAUCCCAGGAUCUUUCCGUUCCACUUCUCCCUUCCAUCUCCUCCAAGUUUUGGGCCUGAUCCCUGCCCUAGGAAUGCUGGUGCAUUCCAAAGCAUCCCAGAGCAUCCCAUAGGAUCCCAGAGCAUCCCAUAGGAUCCCAGAGCAUCCCACAGCUCUUCAGAGCAUCCUGCACAAUUCCAUAGCAUCCCACAGCAUCCUGCAUCAUCCCCAGGAAAAGAAGCUCCUAGAAAUCCCUAACCCCACAUUUCAGGAGCACCCUGUGCUGUAAUUCCAGGUGCAAUUCCCGGCGGGAGUGGAGGAUCCCUUCCCUGGGGGCACUGGAUGCUGCAGUUUAGGAUGAUUUGGAGUUUGGGGGGUGGGAUGGGUUUGGCAGCCCUGAUCCCAAUCCUGAUCCAUGCUGGGCUCCAGCUCCAGUGGGAUGGAACCCCUCCAAAACUUCCUUUGGGAAAGGAAAUGUGGGAGGAGCUUAAAAAUGGACAUUUUUGGCUAGAAGUUCCCAAAUUGGCGUUUUCCAGCCUAAGGAGAUUUUUCCCAUCGUAUUCCCAGUCUUCAAUUUAGGAUCUGGGAUAAACUGGGGGAUGCUCCUUCCCUGCAGGCCACAGCUCCAGCUCCAUUCCAGAGCUUUGCUGGGAGGUGGGAAUGGGGGGUUCCUCUGCUGCAGCUGGAAUUCAGGGGCUGGAAUUCCUUCUCUGAGCCGUUAUCCCUGCCUCCCUCUCCCUCACCCUCCUUCCCUGGGUGCCAGGGUCAGUCCCCGUGGGAAUUCUGAGCCUUAAAACCUCUGAACCCCGAAAGAAUUUGGGCUUUUCCCGGGAUUUUGAUCCCAGUGAAAUGUUCUGGCACCGGGAAGCAGCCAGAUUCCAUGGCUGGGAGUGCUGGGAAUGCUCCAGAGCAUCCAGGCUCUCCAGUGGCCCAGGGAGGGGACAUUUUCCACACCCUUUUCCAGGGUGUCCCUGGGAUGGGGGUGAGAUGUGUUCAGGAUUUGACUGUGAGGAGAGUGGGAUGUCUGGGAUGGGGAAUGUCAGGGAGCGCCGGGAGCCGCCCUGGCCCUUCCCUGGCCUCCCCCAGCUCCUGCUCCUUCCCCAGCAUUCCCAGCGUGCCCAUUCCCGAGGUGCCCAUUCCCAGCGUGCCCAUUCCCAGCGUGCCCAUUCCCGAGGUGCCCAUUCCCAGCGUGCCCAUUCCCAGCGUGCCCAUUCCCGAGGUGCCCAUUCCCGGGGUGCCCAUUCCCAGCGUGCCCAUUCCCAGCGUGCCCAUUCCCGAGGUGCCCAUUCCCAGCGUGCCCAUUCCCGGGGUGCCCAUUCCCACGGUGCCCAUUCCCAGCGUGCCCAUUCCCAGCGUGCCCAUUCCCGAGGUGCCCAUUCCCGAGGUGCCCAUUCCCAGUGUGCCCAUUCCGGGGGUGCCCAUUCCCGGGGUGCCCAUUCCCAGCAUGCCCAUUCCCAGCAUGCCCAUUCCCGGGGUGCCCAUUCCCGGGGUGCCCAUUCCCAGCGUGCCCAUUCCCAGCAUGCCCAUUCCCGGGGUGCCCAUUCCCGAGGUGCCCAUUCCCAGCGUGCCCAUUCCCAAGCUGUCUAUUCCCGGUGCUCAGCAUUCCCAGGCUGCCGCAGCUGCUCCGGCUGCAGCGAUUCCCUCACUCGCCAAUCCUGAAUUUUUGAUUCCUCCCCCUGCUCCGAGACCUCAUUUCAGCUCCCAGUGCUGGAUUUGCCCUUCCCCCACUCAGGAAGGGGCACACCCGGGAUUCGGGAAGGGAUCAGUCGCUCCAUCCUCUGGACAGAUCCUCUUUUUUGGGGAUGCUGAGGGAAUUAGUGGGGGGGGCAGUGACUGGAGGAGAAUUAGGGAAGUGCUGGCGAAGGAGAAUUCAUGGAUUUGCUUAAAGCAGUGGAAUGUGAUGGAUUCAUCCCUGCCUGGCACAGGCACCCCUCGCUGUUCCCAGAAAUCCCAGUUCACUGGGAGAGGCUACUUCCAGCCCCUUCCCAUGGAUUUGGGGGGGGGGGGGGCAUCUCCUUGUCCUGGCUCCCCCCAAACUGGUGCCCAACUUCUUUCCUGGGAAAAAAAAGUGGGAUGGUGGAAUCAAGGAGAUUCCUGUGGGCUGGGGGCCGUCACCCCUUAGGUGUGGGGGGGAAUCCGGGCGUGGUGCCCCCCUCCCAGACCAGUGCCCACGCCCCGCUUCUGGAAAAAAGUGAUGGGAGAUCCAGGAGGAGGAUCCUGGAUUCCCAUGGGCUGGGAAUGCUGAGCCUGCAGGAGGGGAGCUCUGGGGUGAGAUUUUGGGGAUGCUCCUGGGAGGCUUCUCCCCAUGGCAUGAGCCCAGCUGGGAUGUGUCAU